AUGUGUGCGAGAAGCAAACACGGCCUGGGAGGUCAGAAUGCCCACAGGAAGCUCUGUCCUCAGACCAAGUUCACAGGAAGUCUGAUGCCAGAGGUAAACUGGGUGGUACCGUUGGCUGACAGGGGGCGAUAUGAUGAGAUCUUCAAGACAAUUGACGGCGACAAUGACGGCCUCAUUAAUGGAACUGAAGUCAUAGAGAUCUUCAUGCAGUCCAGUCUCACCCAGACCAUGCUGGCACAGAUAUGGGGACUCGCUGACACCAAACAGACGGGGAAGCUGAACCGGGAGCAGUUCUCUCUGGCCAUGUACCUGAUCCAGCAGAAGGUCACUAAAGGCAUUGACCCCCCCUCCACCCUAACCACAGACAUGAUCCCCCCAUCGGAAAGGACUGCAGCUUCAGCUUCAGAUAGCAACAGCUCCACAGGGUCAGUCGAUCUGACAGGCAUCAAAGAGCUGGAUGACCUCAGCCAGGAAAUAGCUCAGCUGCAGAGAGAGAAAUUCAUCCUGGAGCAAGAGAUCAGGGAGAAUGAGGAAGCCAUCAGACAGCAAAAUAGUGACGUUCAGGACAUGCAGAGUGGACUGGACAGGGAGAGCAGCAGCCUGCAGGAACUGGAUUCUCAGAAGCAGGAUGCGCAGGAGCGUCUAGGGGAGAUGGACCAGCAGCGCUCCAAACUGGAGGGGAUGCUCAACGACGUCAAGCAGAAGUGCCAGGACGAGACCCAGAUGAUCUCGUCCCUGCAGAGCCAGAUCCGCUCCCAGGAGAGCGACCACCGGAGCCAGGAGGACGAGAUGAGCCGCACCAAGAUGGACCUGAGCCGGCUGCAGGAUGAGGAGGCCAUGCUGGAGCAGAGCCUGCUCUCUGGCCGUGUUCAACUAGACAGCAUCACUAAAUCGCUCAAGACAACUCAGGAAGAGAUCAACCAGGCUCGCAGUAAGCUGUCGCUGAUCCAGGACAACCAGAAUGAGGUGACUAAGACCAUUGAGCAGUACAACAGUGCUCUGAGCGACAUCAACGGAGGAAACUUUAACAACCUGCCGGACUUAAGUGAAGGCUUCGCUGAGAAGGAGAAUGGAGGUUUCAGAAGUGCGGAGGGCUCUUUAAAGUCAAGGAUAGCCAUGUUCAACAACAGCACUGCUAAGGAGCCUCCAGCAGACCCCUUCAAAACAGAGGACCCCUUCAAGUCCGACCCCUUCCAAGAUCCAUUUGGAGCAGAUCCUUUCAAAGAAAGCGACCCCUUCAAAGGCACCUCAUCUGAAGAUUUUUUCAAGAGAACAGAAAAGUCAAACUUGUUUGGAUCCUCGGACUCCUUCAGUAGAAAACCCACCCCGCCAGCCAAGCCAAGCGCCCUCAGCAGUGACUCCUUUACAUCAAACAGCCCAAAACCAGAUGUUUUUGGGACUGCAGACCCCUUUGGAGGCAACUCUUUUGGAAGCAAGGGGAGUGGAUUUGCCGACUUUAGUCAAAUGUCAAAGAAGUCGGACAACCCUGUCCUCCCAUCAAAGAAAAAUGUGCCUAACCGGCCUGCACCUCCCUAUGGAUCUGAAUGUGUCAAGUUUGGAAAUGAGAGCCAGCAGCUGGAGUGGGUGAAGCGGGAGAGCGAGCGUGAGGAGCGGGAGGAGCAGGAGAGGCUGCGGCGGCUGCGGCUGCAGGAGCAGCAGGACCUGGAGCUGGCCCUCGCUCUGAGCCGGGCCGACAUGCCCUGACCGGCCGUCCUCCACCACGUCUCUCUGUCCUCUCUCCCGCCUUACAGUCCUCUGACCGCAUGACAACAGCACCAACACUGGCCCCACAUGACUCGCAGCCCCUGUUACCAAUUUGUGUUGGAGACGAGUGUUUUUGCAGCCAUGACUGGACUCUUGUCUACCGACUCCACAUUUAGUGACCAGUUAUGGUUCAUUGCUCCCAAACUACAAGGCAACUAUAAUCAAGGACAUUAAGGGAGCCACUUGAUUUAAGCCCGACUUCAACCUGCAAGAACAUAGCGAUUUUACCCAGCCCCGAACAAGCAUGAUGGCCACUGUAUCUAACUCCAUAUCGUGCUACGGCCUUAUCCAAAAUUCUUUCUGUUAAAAAAUAUAACCUUUUUAAAGGAGUAUUUUACUGUUUAAUUUAUAAACAGAAGCAUUGAAUCUGGUGUAUGAAGUCCUUUUUUAAAAUGCACUGUACAAACUGUUUUAUAUAUCCUUUAAUUACUUUAAAAGAAAAUGCAAAUCAAACCAGAUAUGCCAACUAAUCUGUUGGUCUAUGAUUGAGUUUGUCCAAUUUAAAAAGAAAAAAAAAAAAUGUUUAAAGAAACUCCUUCAUGUG